UCCUAUAUAUCCACAUGCAAGCAGAGUGCAGAGCGUCCCCCCUCCCAACUCGAUCGAUCGGUAGCUUGCUGCGUUUGCUCUCACAGUUUUCUCUUCCUGCUAGCUCGUCGUCGAACCAGCAGAGGUCUCCUACUACUAGGAAGCGAGAGAAAUGAGAAUGCGGGAGUCCUCUGCUUGCCGGUGCCGGCCGAGGAUAUGGUGGUGGUCUCCAGCCCCAGCAGCAGCGGUCGUGUUGGUGCUCCUGCUGCUCAUCACCACUUCGUCGUCAACGCACGUUGCCGACGGCGGCGUCAGGACGACACCACGUGCGUACGGUCCAGGUGACGCCGGCGUGCUCGACGACGCGGAGGCACCGGCUGCUGCUGGUGGUGCUCGUCGCGCAAGCAGCAGGGCAACCUACAAAUUUCCAGCAGACCGGACUAGCGAGGACGAAGGCUCGCUGGUGGUGGUGGAGGAGGAUCGGCGGUGGUGGCUGAAGGAUCGCGCGGCGACGGGGUCGCGGCUGCCGGACUGCGCGCACGCGUGCGGGCCGUGCUCCCCGUGCCGGCGCGUCAUCGUGAGCUUCAGGUGCGCGCUGAUGGCCUCCGAGUCCUGCCCCAUCGCCUACCGCUGCAUGUGCCGCGGCAGGUUCUUUCGGGUGCCCUCCCCCUAGCCUACUGCCUACACGAGACGAGACGAGACGACUGCUCCUCAUGCUAGUAGGCAUUUGGGCGUCUGUACUUUUCGCUUCUCAUCCUCUGCUGCUUGCUUGCUUGGCAUAUAUAUAUAUGCAUGUAAAACUAUGUGAUGUGAUGUCAGGGAUGCUCGUCGGUGUUGUGCAAUGUGAUGUAUAUGAUGAG